AGGUAAAGAGGGGAGAGGAGAUGAUGCCCUCAACCAGCCGAGAGCUUUCAGUAGCAAAAGAUCUUCAACUUUGGAUGGAGUUGCAAUCAAUCGGCAAUGCAAUGCAAGGCGUCACCAUGCCGUCACUCCCAGAGACCUCCACAACCUGCAAACCUUUCCUCCUCUGUUUCGCCAACCUCCUCUUAACCCUCCUCUUCUUUGGCUCCUCUGGCGUCCACGGGGCUUCUCUCAGAGAGCACAGACUGAGAGGAAGUGAGCCAGACUCCCAGAGAGGAGAUGUCCUCCAGGCUCCUAAUGCUGACAUGCUCAAAGCUUUGGAGUACAUCGAGAGCCUUCGUUCAAGAACCGGCACGGAGUCCCAGCAGCAGCAGCACGUCCCUCUCGCUGCAGGGUUCGAUGCCAGCCACAUGGAUGAUGCUGAGAAGCUGCGUGCCAUGCUGAGACUGGCUUCUAACCCUGUGCAGAGCAAAGAUGAGGAAGAGGAGGAGGAGGAGGAGGAGGAAGGAGAGAAGGAUAAGAGUGAAGAGCUCCUCCAGGCUGUGCUCAGCACCCUCCAACAGACAGAAAAGGCCUCCAAGCCUGCUUCACUUCGCCCCAGCGUGGAAGGAGCAAACAUGAACUAUCCCAGGGUGCAGCAGAAGCAACGCAGCAGCAUCAAGCCUCACAAGAAGCUGCCGCUUAUGUUUGAAGAUGAGGAAGAGGGUGAGGGGGAUGAGGAUGAAGAGGGGUCAGACCUGGAGCACGAGAGCCCUUUUAAACGCACCAACGAGAACGUGGAGGAGAAGUACACGCCUCAGAACCUGGCCACGCUGCAGUCUGUGUUCGACGAACUGGACAAGCUGACGAGCAUGAAGCCCAUGCACAAACGGCAGGAUGAGGAGGAAGACAUGGAGGAGGAUGGCGAUGAGGAAGAUGGGGACAUGUUUAAUGUGAGGAACGUGGCGUAUGAUGACGUAGGCGGGGAUCUCGCAGACUGGGGUCCGCUACAAGAGGAGGGAGAGGAGGAGGAAGAGGAGGAGGAGGGGGACAACAAACAUGACAGAGGGCUCGAUUAUGUCGAUGAUAAUGACGAAGAAGCUGACGGGGAUGACGAAGAGGAAGAUGAUGAAAGCUACCCAGUCAAGAGGUCAAAAGAUCCAGAUGAUGUUGCUAACUUGGUAGAUUAUUACCUUCUGAAAGUGCUUGAGAAAACAGAAGAAGAAGAGCAGAAACGAGAGAUAGAAGAAGAGGAGAAAGAGAGGGAAGAGAGGAGAGUGGCUCAGACUCAGUACAGAGACAACAUAGACCCCCGGGCCAUCUACCAGCUCAUCCAGAUCUCCCAAAAAUACCAGAUCCCACCUGAAGACCUGGUGGACAUGCUCAAAACGGGAGAAACCACGAAUCAGGACAAGUCACGAAAGAGCAACGAAUUAGCCAGAGCCGAAAACAAGCUCUCUCAGUUAUCCCCAAAGAAGACACACAGCAAGGUUCCUGAAAUGAAAUUCUACAACAGACGCUUUCCUGACAGACAAAAGAGCCCAGAAGAGCUGAGGACAGAAGAGAUACUAAACAUCCUGGGGUUGGGAGGCGCUGAGGAUCGAGCUCCUGUCAGGAAGCAGAAACAGUACAAAAGCUCGCUGUCACGACUUCACACUCAGCCUCCGGGGCGUUCCGGGGAAUCCGCACCCACGCAUCGGCGCCUUCCCAGCACAUUAAAGGACUAUGACGACACCGUGGACGAGGAUGAACUGGCAGCGUAUUUAGCAGCUCAGAUGCUGGCACGGUAUCCGAAGCCCGUGUACAGGAACAACAAAGCCAGCCAAAAGCGGGACGAUGUUGGACAGGGAGCCACGGGCUCUUUUGAACAGGCGAUACAGGCUUAUUUUGAUCAAAUGGACUCAGAUAAAAGCCCAGAUGAGAAGAGACAGUCUGAGGAUGAUGAGAGGGGCGGUGAAACGCAAAUGCAAGGCUUUGAUAAUGAAGCAGUGAUGAAAUUGCUGAGCUAUCUGAACCCAGAAACUGAGGAAAGUGAUACUGAUGCCAAACCUGCCCAAUGAAUAUAAAGAACGUUAUAGACGGAUAUACAUACUCUGUAUAUAUAUAUAUACAUAUAUCUAUUGUUUUGGUGGAGGGAGAGAGUGAAAAUGAAGUAUUUUGAAGAAUAAAUAAAAACAUGCAGUCAACUUUAGUUAAUCUGUCAGUUUACAAAAGUUAAUAUUUAUUAGCAGAGAGUGUUCAGACAUUAAUUUGAUGCUUUUUUUAAAUGAGUUUGUUGCUCAACAACA